AUGCAGAAGUCACACCUCUUUGUUCAACUGAAAAUUCUAACCAGUGAGAAAUCAUAUAAAUGUAUUCAGUGUGGGAAAGCCUUCAGUGGAAAAUCAGGACUCACUGUACAUCAGAGGAUUCAUACUGGGCAUAAACCAUACAAAUGUAAUGAAUGUGAAAAAGCCUUUAUUCAGAAGUCACAACUCACUGUACAUCAGAGAACUCAUACAGGAGAGAACCCCUAUGAAUGUAGUCAAUGUGGGAAAGCAUUCAUCCAGAGGUCAAACCUCAUUAUUAAUCAGAGGAUUCACACAGGGGGAAAAAACCCCUAUGAAUGCAAUGAAUGUGGGAAAGUUUUCAUCAAGAAGUCAACACUUAGUGUUCAUCAAAGAAUUCAUACUGGGGAGAAACCAUAUGAAUGCAGACUAUGGAAAAACUUUCAUCUGAGAAUUACUACUGGGGAGAAACCCUAUGAAUGUAGUGAAUGCAGAAAAGCUUUUACCCAGAAAUCACAACUCAUUGUGCAUCAAAGAAUCCAUACUGGAAUGAAGCUAUAUGAAUGCAUUGAGUGUGGAAAAGCCUUUAGUAAGAAGUCACACCUCACUGCACCUCAUAGAAUACACACUGGAGAAAGAUCCUAUGAAUGUAAUAAUUGUAGGAAAGCUUUCAGCAAGAAGUCUACUCUCAUUAUUCAUCAAAGAAUACAUACCGGAGAGAAACCUUACGAAUGCAAUGAAUGUGGAAAAGCUUUUAGUCAGAGCACUAAUCUUAUUCAACAUCAAAGAGUCCAUACUGGGGAGAAACCUUAUGAGUGUAGCGAAUGUGAAAAAACUUUUAGUCAUAGGUUAUCGCUUAGAAAUCAUGAGAGAAUUCAUACUGGAGAAAAACCCUAUCCUUGCAAUGAAUGUGGGAAGGCUUUCAGUCAUAUUUCAGCCCUUACUCAACAUCACAGAAUUCAUACUGGAAAGAAGCCAUAUGCGUGUAUUGAAUGUGGGAAAACCUUCAGCCGGAGCACACAUCUUAUUGAACAUCAGGGAAUUCAUUCUGGGGAAAAAUCCUACCAGUGUAAGGAAUGUCAGAAGACUUUUUGCCAUAGCACAUCACUAAUCCGACAUCAGAGAACUCACACCAGAGAAAGACCCUAUAAAUGUACAGAAUGUGGAAAAGCCUUCAGUCAUACCCCAGCCUUCAUUCAACAUCAGAGAAUUCAUACUGGAGAGAAACCCUACCAGUGUGAUGAAUGUGGGAUAUCUUUGUUUAAGUUCAGCCCUUACUAA